UUUUUAUAAUUUUUGGGUUGUAAGAUCCCUGAUUUUUAGUGCUCUGAACAUUUGUAUCAUUUUCCCUUCCGAAAAAACCCACGACGCCCACACGCGCGCCUCUCCCUCUCUCUCUCUCCCCUCCGUUCAUCGUCACUCUUUUUCUCUCUCUAUAUCAAAAACCCUAGCAAAUUCUCCCAGCCAUGGAUAUUGAGGAGGAGAUUCGCUCGUUACAACUUGACUCUGCAGAAGAGAAUAAUGGAGUGAUUAACCCAGAAGAUGCAAAGUCGGAAGAAGUGGAGAAGUUGGAUAGAAUGGAGGAAGAUUCUAAAGAUGAUGUUACUCUGAACUCUAAGGAAGUGCAGGCUGAGUCCAAAGAUAAGGAAGUAUCUGCACCAAGAGACAUUGAAACACCAGAUGAGAUGGAAGAAGACAAUAAGAAGCGACACUUGAAUGUGGUUUUUAUUGGCCAUGUUGAUGCUGGCAAGUCCACAACAGGAGGCCAGAUACUUUUCCUAAGUGGUCAGGUUGAUGAUCGUACAAUCCAAAAAUAUGAGAAAGAAGCUAAGGACAAGAGUAGAGAAAGCUGGUACAUGGCGUAUAUUAUGGAUACUAAUGAAGAGGAGAGGGUUAAGGGUAAAACAGUUGAAGUGGGAAGAGCACAUUUUGAAACAGAGACAACUAGAUUUACAAUUUUAGAUGCACCGGGUCACAAGAGUUACGUUCCUAAUAUGAUUAGUGGAGCAUCUCAAGCUGAUAUUGGUGUACUGGUGAUUUCUGCUCGGAAAGGAGAAUUUGAAACUGGGUAUGAGAGAGGUGGGCAGACCCGUGAGCAUGUUCAGCUUGCAAAGACAUUGGGUGUGUCUAAGCUUCUUGUUGUUGUAAAUAAAAUGGAUGAACCCACUGUGAACUGGUCAAAAGAAAGGUAUGAUGAAAUUGAAUUAAAGAUGACGCCAUUUCUAAAGUCUUCAGGCUACAAUGUGAAGAAAGAUGUCCAGUUCCUACCAAUAUCUGGUCUGCUUGGUACAAAUAUGAAAAGUAGAAUGGAUAAAAGUGUGUGUUCAUGGUGGAAUGGUCCGUGUCUUUUUGAAGCUCUUGAUGCCAUUGAGGUUCCUCUACGAGAUCCAAAAGGUCCUUUCAGGAUGCCUAUUAUUGACAAAUUUAAAGAUAUGGGAACUGUAGUCAUGGGCAAAGUAGAAUCUGGUAGUGUGACUGAAGGCGAUUCCUUGCUGGUCAUGCCUAAUAAAAUUCAGGUGAAAGUUGUUGCUGUAUAUUGUGAUGAAAACAAGGUUAGACGUGCAGGGCCUGGAGAAAAUCUUCGUGUUAGAUUAUCUGGGAUUGAUGAUGAGGAUAUAUUAGCAGGUUUUGUCUUGUCAAGUGUUGCAAAGCCAAUAGCUGCAGUUACAGAAUUUGUUGCUCAGUUGCAAAUCCUUGAAUUGCUGGACAAUGCAAUUUUUACAGCUGGCUAUAAGGCUGUUUUGCACAUUCAUUCUGUAGUUGAGGAAUGUGAGAUUGUUGAGCUGCUACAACAAAUUGAUCCAAAGACAAAGAAACCUAUGAAAAAGAAAGUCCUCUUUGUGAAGAAUGGUGCUGUUGUUGUGUGCCGCAUUCAGGUAAAUAACAUGAUAUGCAUCGAGAAGUUUGCGGAUUUUCCCCAACUCGGCAGGUUUACUCUUCGAACUGAGGGGAAAACAGUUGCAGUGGGGAAAGUCACUGAACUUCCUUCAGUUUCUAGUUAAACAAUUUUGGUGUUAUAGGUUUGAGUCAAAAGGAUUGCUCUCUCUCUCUCUCUCUCUCUCUCUCUCUCUCUCUCUCUCUCUCUGUUUUUAUGUUUUUUGCUUUUAUCUUGUGUACGAGUGAAGUGCCGGCAUGCAGAACUGGUUCAGAUAUCUGGAUUCAGACACGUUUAUGGAAUGAAUCUCCUCUAGUUAUAUAGCGAGUUGGUCAUUUUUGUUGUUGGUGGGUGUUCUCAAAUCCUGAUCUUUCAGGAUUUAUGGUUUAGAUGUAUGAUAGUCCCUUAUUCAACUGGUAGUAUUAAUCAGUUUUAUCUAUUAAAGCUUUCUUAAUUUGGUUGAAAUUUAGUGACAUGAUUCCAAGUUGAAAUCAAAUACCUCAUUAAAGUGUAUAUUGGUUUCAAACAUAGUUCAAUUUUGUUUUGAUGUACUAGAUGUUUGGUUUUGCCGAGGAUGUCAGGCAUUUCUCUUUAUGAAUGUUUUGGGAGCAUGUUUUCA